AUCUAAAAAUAGACAUCGAUCCUGGAAAUCGUAUAACACGAUUUAAAGGGACAAUGGGAUUGAUUAAUCAACUUUCCUGUCCCAAAGGAGGAUUUGAGCAUUAUCAAAAUGGGGAUUUCUCGUAA